AUCCAGUGACCUGUGUUCAUGCUGUACUUGUAUAUCUUCAACAUAUUUGUAUUAUAGUUUCAUUUUUUGUAUUGUCAUUUCAUUUUGGACUAUUUUAAACGAUUGACUUCACUGAAGCUAAUGUCAACAGAAACAUGUCGUUGCUGAAUCUCAAAAAACAAUACUUGGGUUCGUCUGUUGACAUGACGUCGUCGAGUGAGGACUUGAAAGUAAUAUUGGAUUUUGUUGACCCAGUUAUCUUGCAAGAAGUAAAGCAACUCUUUGAGCAUUUUAUCUUGGAGACUGUUCAAAGUAAUGUGUUGAAGCCUUCUUCAUGGGGCUUUCUGUUUGCCAGUUCUCCAGAAUUACUUUCAUCAAGUCGACUAUUUCGUCUGGUUGCCGCUUUAGCACAAUCAGAGAAAAGGCACAGACUUCAAGAAAUAGCUUUGAAGUUGGCAUCCAACCCAACUCACAUGGAACUAUCCGUAGCAUUGUCCUCAUUGAUUAGUGGCAACGUAGAAGAGAACAUAGUGACAUUGUUUUAUUUCUGUCAGUUCCUGAUUCAAAGGAGACUAAAGAACGAGAACCAAGAUUUGUCCUCUCUCAUAGAAUGGUGUUAACAGAAUCUGUUGUCUGCCCUUGGUCCACAGGUUCAAUUUUCUGGAGGUUGGAAUCACUGCCUACUUGACCAAGGGAGAGAAUCAACUGAACAGUUGUAGAUCUCGUGCAACUGACUUGUAUGUUGACUGUAACUAAAUAUUUGAUACAUUCAUAUAUUUAAUGUUAUUAAGAGCCAAGUUUUCUUUCUUUCUUUUUCAUUCUUUUGAUUUUGAUUUUUGAUCAAUAAUUAACUUCAUUUAAUUUACUGAGAAAAAAAUAUUAAAAGGGAGGCAACCAA